CAGCAUCAAUAACAGCAACAACAACAAUAACAGCAGCAGCCAUGUUAGACAACAACGUUAUCCAAGCACAAGUGCGCUGCUUAACAAUAACAGUAACAUAAACAGUAACAGUUCCACAACAGUUGCCAGCGAAACGGGAAUGGGAAUUGGAAUGGGAAGUGGCAACAAUAAUAUGAUGAUUAACCUUAAUAUCAGUACCACAACCGGCGGCAACUUUGGCGUCAGCGUUGAGCCUCACAUCAGCGUCGAGAGUCUCAAAAAGAUUAUUGCCAAGAAACUGAAAGUGGCCAAGGAUCGCAUCUGUUUGCUUCAUCGCGAAAAAGAACUUCAGGAUGGAAGCCUCAGAGAUCACAACUUAAUGGACGGCUCUAAGAUCAUUCUAAUACCAAAUGUAGAAACUGGCUUGUUGGCACAGCGUCCGGAGAAUACAGUGAUGCAGGCGCUGGAAUCGCUUAACGACUCGCAGGUUAAUGACUUCCUCAGCGGCAAGACGCCACUCAAUCUGAGCAUGCGACUGGGCGACCACAUGAUGCUCAUUCAGCUGCAGUUGAGCACUGUUAAUCCAGCUGGUGGCACCGCUGCUAGCGCUGCUGCGACGGCUGCCCUGCCGCCAGCGACCAGUGGCAGCAGCUCGUCUUCCGCUUCCAGCAGCAGUAGCUCCUCCUCCUCCUCGUCGACGUCGUCGUCGUCCUCCUCCAGUUGCAGUGGUGCUGCCUCCAACAACAACUCCAGCAGCAGUAGCAGCAACCAUUUGUCGCAUACGCCGCGCACACGCUCCAGCAGCCAGCGAGCGGCAAGUGGUCGCAUUGGCAACGGACACGUGCACAGCCAUCAGCAUCCGAGUCUGCACCACAGUCACAGUCACCACCACCAUCACCAUCAUCAUCACCACAACGCCUCGGCAGUGGCCGCUGGCAGCGCUGGCAAUAGCAGCACACGCAAGCUCCUCGACAUGGAGCAGCGUUCCAGCAGUGGUGGUGGCGGUGGUGGUGGUGGAGCUGGAGCUGGAAGUCGCAUCCUGAGCACUGCACAAACAGCGGAAGGCAGUUCGGGGCAUGGACAGCAGUCAAUUAAAAGCUCCGAUCUAAGCUCAUUUCUCAGCAAGCACGACUACGAGAGUCUCCAGAAUAUUGUGAAGAGCAUUGCACUAAAUCAGGCACCACUCAGUGCACCAGCAACAGCAACGGCGACUGCAGCAACAACGGCAACUGCAACUGCAACAGCAACCGCGACGGCAACAGCAACAGUUGCAGAUGCAGUCGCAGUGCCACAGUCGAAACCACAACUGGAGCAGUCGCCAAUUAAAUCGCUUUCGAAUCUCGUUUCGAGCCCCAUUAAAACAACGACCAUUAAGAGCAUACAUGUUGCCCACGGCUCGUCGAACAAUGCCAAUUGCGGCUCUACCUCGAUUCACGGUGCCGGCACCAGUUCAAUCAAUUCCACCACCAGUUCCUCCCAUAGCUCAAGUUCCAUCAGCUGCACCAGCGGUGGCUGUCAGCAGGAUCCGAUAGCCGCCAAGCUCACUUCGUGCCUGUGCAAGCGCCUGCCCACAACCAAUCCAGCACCGACAACAAAAACCGUUGCAACAGCAACACUACCGCCUCCACCAGUUGACCCACAACCAGCAGCACUAGUUGCUCCAACAGCUGGCAGCAGCAACAUUGGCCGUGCUUCAACUAUUUCUGGGUGCGUUGGCGGCGGCGACAGUGCCCUGCACAAGACGGUAAAUAAUACGAUUGCUAUAUCACGGUCGAAGCAUCGGCACCACCAUCACCACCACCAUCACCAUCAUCACUAUCAUCAUGCAGUUGCGGCUGCUGCGGCUGCAGCAGCAGCAGCUGCGCUCAAGCCCCAGUUGGCAGCCCCAAAAAGUGGGACAACCACAACAACGAUGGCAACAGCAACAGCAGCAACCACAACAACAACAAAAAUGGUUGCAAGCAACAGUAGCAGUGUCAGCACUGAGCUGGAAUCCGCCGCAGGAUUGGCCGUUUCGGAUACCCGGACACUGGCGGAGGCAUCGCGCAAUUUGACCCAAACGUUGCGAAAGCUCUCCAAAGAGGUGUUCACCAACAAGAUCGAUUUGGCCGGUGGCGGGAGCAUCGGUGUUGGUGCCGGUGCUGGUCUCGCCGGCGGUGAGGAAACACCACGCAAAAGUGGCUCCGGCGCUGUGAUUGAGUCGAUGAAGAAUCACGGCAAGGGCAUCUACUCGGGCACAUUUUCGGGCACACUCAAUCCGGCGCUGCAGGAUCGCUUUGGACGGCCAAAGCGUGACAUUUCGACAGUAAUUCACAUACUGAACGAUCUGUUGAGUGCCACGCCUCAAUACAGCCGCGCCGCACGCAUCAGCUUUGAGGCACCCACCAGUGGCGGCGCCUCCACAUCCUCAAGUUCCACAACCUCUUCCAGCAGCAGCACUAGCAACAGCAACGGUCACGCAGCCAUCACAGCAGCUGCAAAUCCUGGAGCAGCAGCUGCACCACCACCUGGUGGCUUGCACCAUGGCGUGCGUAGUAAAAUUUACUCGACGAAACAUCAUAACUGUGCCAAGUGCAACAGCCGCGCGCAGCAGCAACAGGCAGUGGCAGCGGCAAGUUUGUCUAGCGGCAGCUGCGCCUAUGGCGAAUGCAAAGGUCAUUACCUGGCCAAGGGAGGCGCAACCGCUGGCAAUGGCAAGCCAUCCACACUGGUUGGCUGCUGCACCGAUGCGUCCAGCACUACGGCUGCCAAUACGCUUGGUGGUGGCAACUCGGAUGUCAUCAGUGGCGGCAGUGGCAGCGGCGGCUGCAUGUGCCGCUACCGUGCAAGCAGCGCCGAGGAUGGUGGUCAGCCGAAGCGGGAACACAUGUGCCAAAAGUGCGUUGUGGAGCAGACCAAUCUGAAGACAAAAUCCAAACUGGAUCAGCUGCGACUGGUCAUGCAGCAGCGCAAGCAGAAGCGUGAGGCACGCAAACUGAAGAGUUCGCCGUACAACGGUACAGUGAACUCUGCAACACUGGCAACGUCGACCUCCAGCACCUCCACCUCCAACUCCACCUCGACCUCCUCGACAUCGAGCUCCACCGUUGAGGCGGUGGUGCCACAGUCAUCACAGUACAGCAGCCCCGUAGGCAGCGCAAUGGUGGCCACCCCUUCAGCACCCCUUCAGGCCGCCAACACAACGCCAAACAGCAGCAGCAGCAGCAACAACAGCAGCAGCACAACCACAACCACAACAACAACAGCAGCUGCUGCUGCUGCAGCUGCAGCCACAGCACCGCCGAAUGAGGUCUCACCUAACCACAUAGUCGAGGAGGUGGAUACGGCCGCUUAGGUGCAACUAUAACUGUUUACCCUUUGUUGCAUUUAU